UCACUCACCUCUGAAAACAAUCGCCUUAGUGACCGAACCCAACUGGGAACACAAGGAUUACAGAGACCGGAAACUCCCAUCUUCCUCCUCCGGCUCCCAUCCAUCCCUAAACCUCGGAGGAAGGUAACCACCCAAAUGUGGAGCAGAAGGAACCUCUACGCCCCUGCCAUUGAAAUACUACGCAGAGAAAUCCAACCUCGUCGCCUCUUUCUACACGAUGUCCGUCUCCAUCCCUCACCAUCUAGGAUUUCGGUGCAUCACUUCUUAUUGAUUGACGAUUCUAGGGCAUCGGGAGGCUCGCGGCGCUCACACCAUCUCCUUCCGUUCUCGCGAUGUUCGGUUCGGUUCUGGUCUUCGCCCUACUCGACUGGGCCGGCUCAUGGAGGGCUGCUUGCUUGUUGGAACUGCAGUGAGCCGUCUCCGGUGGCGGGGACGUUCCUCGUCUGCGGGGCCUGCAGAGCUGUACAGCCGGUGGAUUUAUCAGUCGACUAUUUCGACAUCUUUGGGCUGGAGAGAGGAUAUGACAUAAUGGUUGAAAAUUUAGAAUGGAAGUAUAAAGAAUGGCAGAAGAAGCUCCAUCCUGAUCUGGUUCAUUCGAAAUCUGAGAAAGAGAAAUCUUAUGCUGCUGAGCAGUCGGCCCGCGUGAUUGAUGCUUAUCGCACACUAAGCAAUCCUUUAUCGAGAGCAUUAUACUUGUUGAAACUUGCUGGCAUAUUUGUUGACGAGGAGAAAACCGUAAUGGAUCCAGAUUUGCUUUCUGAGAUGAUGGAAAUUCGAGAAGCUGUUGAAGAAGAAAGUGAUCCUAAGGCUUUAAUGGAGCUACAGUGUCAGAUACAAAAGAAGUACGAGGAUAGGUCGGAUUCCUUCAGGGAAGCUUUCAACAAACGAGACUUUGAUUCAGCUAUAAUUGCAGCUCAGAAAAUGAGAUAUUAUGAACGGGCAAUUGAAGCUAUAGUUAAGAAGCUCUGAUUUCGCUAGCUCUGUUUUGCUGCUUCUCUGUAUGUAGUGUUGGAUCAAAUUUUUAGCUUUCCCCCCUCUGAAUAGGAAAAUGACAUACCACAGAAUUCAUAUGUAUUGACAUAUCUAACUCUUAAACAUUAAUAUUUACAUUCAUAGCUCUUAAAUCUUUAACACCACAUUAAAAAUACAACUUUUACACUUUAAAAGUUAAAUGCAUCUUUAUAUGCAUAUGUUAUAAUAAUACCGAAGGGUAUAAAUAUUAAAUUUCAG